CCCGCCCCCCGUUCCCGGCGUGCCCCGCGGCCCCCAGGAGCCCGCCGCGGAUUGGCUGGGGCGCUGGGGAAUUCCCCGGGCCCCGAACUCCGCUCCCUGGGCGCAGCCUGAGCCAGCGGCGCCGGCCCGGGCAUGGCAGCGGCGCCCCGCGAGCCGCAGGGUUAGGGCGGGUCCCGCAGCAAUGGCGGAGCCGGGGCCGGGGGAGGCCAAGCGGCCGGAGGCGGGCGAGGACUGGUGCGACAGCGGCCUGGGCUCGCUGAGCGAGGGGCAGCUCAGCCAGAUCCAGGAUGGCCUGGGGGCCCCCCAGGAGAAGCCCCCGCAACCCCCUGCUGCCGUCCCCGUGACCUCUGACCCCUGCCCCGGGGGUCGCCCUGUGACCUCUGACCCCAGUGGCCCCAAGACCCCCGACUCCGAGCGCCUGGACUCUGCCCUGGGCGAGGACGAAGCCGGCUGGGGGGCGGCCGUGGGGCAGGCGGUGGGGGCCAUCACCCAGGGCGUGGAGGCCGUGCGGCUCGGGGAGCCCGCGUCCCGGGCUGGGGAGACGCCCGCGGUGGCCCCCGAGGCCUGGCUGCACCACGUCCUGGGCUUCGUGACCGAGGACGGGGAUACAGCCCUCCACCUGGCUGUGAUUCAUGAGCAUGAGGCCUUUCUGGAUUCUAUCCUGCAGUACACGGCUGGGACGGAAUACUUGGAUCUGCAGAACGACCUGGGCCAGACGGCACUGCAUAUUGCAGUCAUCCUCGGCGCCUCCAACUUUGUCCGCAAGCUGAUGGCAGCCGGGGCGGGGCUCUGCGUGCAGGAGAGAGCUGGCCACACAGCGCUGCACCUGGCAUGCCGGGAGGGCUGGCGGGACUGCGCACAGUGGCUCCUGGCAGCGCUGAGCGGGCACAGGCCCGGCGAGGGGACUGACGCCUGCGCUCAGUUGGACUGUACCAAUUAUGAUGGUUACACGCCGCUGCACGUGGCUGUCCUGCGGAAGGACCUCGAAGUGGUCAAGCUCCUUGUGGGUGCCGGAGCCGAUCUCAACAAGGCGGAGCUGAGCUGCGGGCGGAGUCCCCUCCACUUGGCAGUGGAGUCGCAGAGCCCGGAAGUGGUGGAGUGCCUGCUGCGCGCCGGUGCGGACCCGAGGGCCCGGAUGUACGUCGGUUACACCCCCAUCUAUAGCGCCGUGCACAGGCCCAGCCAAAAGAUUUUGCAGCUGCUCCGGGAGUUCGGCUCGGAGGAGCCCGACUGGGACUCGGAGGAGAGCCUGGCUGACAGCAGCGACGUGAGUGGGGAGGAAUACGACGACAUCGUCAUCAACAGCGGACACUAUAAGAACUGACGGGGCUGGGCCGGCAUCGCCUGCCGCGUGAGCCGUUCCCCAUCUCCAUAAAAGACUCGCGUCCUGCCCUGCCGCUGUGGGAAUAAAUUUGGCAGUGGCGCAAUCUCUCCGUUCCCAGCUAGUUCCAACUAUUGAUCCAAAAGCUGCAGUCUCUGGCUGCUACUUGGAACCAGUCGCCAAAAUUCACCAGAGCUUUGAUCUAAUCCAUUUAUUUCCCCUCUCACUUGUUCGUUUUCCUCUGUGUUUCUUAGAUUAGUCAGUUUAUAUCCAGUUAUUUUGAUUACGUUAACAUUUAAAAAAAUGGUAUUUCAGCACCUGCUGCUCUUUGCAGUCGCAGCUGGGAUGGAUUGUCGGCAGGAUUUCUCUGCUGGCUGUAUCCUUUGCCCUGUCGAGCCUCCGGCCGUUUGCUUUUGAAGCGGGAGCGUCAUCCCUACCCGUGCAAGGGGUCUUGCUGGAGUCCACGGAUGCUGGUCGCAUAACCAAGCAAUUCGGGUCAGUGGGGAGCUGCACAAAACGUGGUGCGUGCCUGGCUGCCUUUCAGACACCUUGGGCCUGUUUGCUUUUAUCUUGAGAAGCAGGGAGCACCGCCUUACUCCAGUUGGAUUUAGUACUUGGGGCCGGAUUCUUUUUAGCUGCUUCCUAACUGAGGCGGAUGGAUUUUCACGAGCGCCAUGCAGCCCUGGUCUCCUCCCCUGGCUGUAAGGACGAGGGCGGGUGAGUGCUCUUGAAAAUCUGGGCCUCUGCUAGCGUUUAGGAUCCAACGGCCAGACAGGGCAAUAGCUCCGACGCAGGGUAGGAGGAUUGAAACAGGCAGGGCAGGGGAGAAAUUCACAGGAGGAGCAGAUGAGGCUGGUGAGGUCUGUUAUGAGCAGAGUGAGGAAGAGGAGGGAAGAGAGGCCAAAGAGUGAGACCUUUUAGAUCUCAAAGGUGGGGGCGUGAGGUUGGAAAGAGCCAAGGUGGGUUUGGAGCUGUCUGAUUUGGGUCAGGCGUGGAGAAGGAGGGACUGCGUCUGUGCCUUGUCUGUAGGAACCGUGCCUCUCUGGUUCCUGGCCAAUCUUGGCUUCUUCUAAGCACCUCCGCCAGUACUGCAAGGUGGGACCAUCUUCAUUCCUUUCCCCGAGGAGUCGGUUUUCUUCCUCUGUGCCCGUUGACUGGCUGUAAAGCCUCGUUCGUGCCAUACUUGACGCUGGGUGUCAAUGGGGUCUCUUCUGGAGCUGCGCGGGAAGCGGAUUUCCCAUCCCAUAACGGUUUUGGAGAUCCAAAAAUGUGCCUGCCCCAAAAUUGGGCUGAAAACGCCCAUCUCCGCCUUUCCCGAGCAGAAGGGCUGAAAAUCAUUUCAGUUGAGGCGUUCGAUUUUGAUCGUUUUGUAAGUUUGAAUUUAUUCAUUUCAAAACCAAAAGUUGUUUUGACUCCAAAACUGGAAACUUUCCUUGUUAAAACAGGACGUUUCACCGGUUUUAAACCCCCACCGCCCUCCCAGUGUUUUGAACUGAGCAAGUCAGCCAAAGCGGCCCUGUUCACAAGUAGCCUUGGCUUUGACAAAUUGACGUGGUUUUUUCCCCUCGGGGGGAACGGUUUGUCAGAUUCCCGACUAGCUCUGAUCUUUGCAUCUCACACCGUGGACCCUCAAUGGAGACGGGACCGCUGGAUGCUGUGCUGUCUGAAAUUGCUUCCAUUUGCCGGGGGGGAAUUUUGGAAGAACUGUCGUAAGCAGACCUGAGACUUGAUUUAGAAACUGGCUGCAUUAGUUACAGGUGGCUUUUCAGGAAGACCUACUACUCUCCCUCUCCUCCGCCCGCUCCCCCCCCCCCCC